CCACUAGCUUUAUCUCCGUUUAGCUAAGCUAACAUAACUGUAUACUAUAAAGCAGCUUCAUUGUCUGCCAGCUGAAGCAUACCCACGGUAAGCUCCGGGGAAGAGAACAGGCAGUGUGUUAAGGUGUUCGGUUAGCUAGCGUUCGUUACAAUGUCGCUCGCGCUUAGUGACGCCGUACAAAGGAGCGUUCCACGGUGUUACACAAAGUUAACGGUGUGAGUUAAGUAGCUCUCAGUUAGCUCAGGGUGGCAGCCAGCGGCUCAGCCAGCAGCGUGUUAAAGCCCCUCCACAGACAGCUCUCCUAUUCCAGUCCUCUGCUGGCACUUAACACAGCGACACAUAACCCAAACUUAAAACGACGAGAGGCUGUCAGCGCAGCGCCUUCUUCCAUUUCCUUCAAAACGGGACUACCUGCGCCUAUUUCUUCACGUUUGUGCUUGGGUAUUUUUUUUUUUUUUUUUUUAAACGGCGGAGCUUCAUCACCCGGAGCGUCUGCGCUUUAUCCCCCGAGCAGCCCGAUAAGGGCUGCUGCUUGAGGACAGUGGGGGCUCUCUAAUGAUCCCACCAUUCAUCCGAUGAACCCCCUUAACUCCAUGAAACCCUCCCUGCCUCCCACUCCACAAAGCACUGACGGCCCCUUCCUAAAUGAGCCAGUCUCCUGGCAACCAGGCACCAAUCAACACGCAAGAUCUCUCUCUGUAGUAACCACAGUGUGGGGCGUGACCAAUCCCACACACAGCCAGGUGUUUGGAUCACCCAUGGGCCCCGGCGAGAGUUCUGGUGGUCACAUAAUGCCAGUUGGCAGCCCAGGGAUGGGCGGCAGCAUGGGCUCCCAGUUCAUGGGCCAGCAGUCGUACGGGGACGGCGUGUCUAAAGGCUACGGCCAGCCGGUCAUGUACGGACGACCCAGCACCGCCUACAACCCAGCUUCAGCCUAUGGAGGAAGUUACUCCGGCAACGGCGGAGGCGCGGGCCUGGGCGUCCGCGCCCCCUCCGACUUCACUCAGGCUGCAGCUGCCGCCGUUGCCGCGGCCGCCGCCACAGCCACUGCCACCGCCACGGCAACGGUCGCAGCAAUACAGGAGAAACAGAACCAGGAGCUGAGCUACGGUCAGAUGGGUGGAGCAUCCCCUUACAGCAACCAGUUCCUGUCUCAUUCUGGUCCCCGCGGGCCCCCAGGGAUGAACCACGGCGGGAUGGUACCCUUGAGGCCCGGACUGCCACCUUCCUCAGGUGGGCUGUAUCCCUCUCACCCCGCGCAGGCCCAGAGGAUGCCCCAGCACGCUGGCUUCUCAGGCGGACAGCAGGGCCUCAAGCGACCUUUCCAUUCAGAGGGGUUUCCGGGGCCACAGUACAGCUCCGGAGGGAUCUCUGGGUAUUCCAACCAGCCUGUGCAGUACCCCAGUGGUCCGCAGCAGAGAUGCGCACCGUCACCCUCUUAUCCGUCCAGUCGGAUGCCUCACAUGGGGCCGUACACAUCUGGAACCCACAACCCAUCACAGUUCCCUCCUGGUGCCAGCCAGCCCAAUCCUCCACAGUUCUAUAAGUCAGAGCCUUUCAAUGGCCAGGGCAGUCUACCAUCUGGAGCAGCAGGGGGCUACAAUGCCUUUACACAGGCUGCAGUCAACGGGCCAGGUCGAGGUGCAGUGAUACCUGGGUACCCCAACUCCCCGAUGGGAGGGAACCCCACCCCACCGAUGACCCCAGGGAGCUCCAUACCCCCCUACCUCUCUCCAGGCCAGGACACCAAGCCGCCCUACCUUCCACUGGACUCUAAAGCCAACAUCAGCACCCAGCAGCCCUCCACAGGUAACCCUAGCGACGACCUGCGUCUGACCUUCCCGGUCCGAGACGGCGUGGUGUUGGAGCCGUUCCGAUUGGAGCACAACCUGGCUGUCAGCAACCAUGCAUUCCAGCUCCGAGACUCGGUCUACAAAACACUGGUGAUGAGACCAGAUCUGGAGCUACAGUUCAAAUGUUACCACCAUGAAGACAGGCAGAUGAACACUAACUGGCCUGCCUCUGUGCAGGUCAGCGUUAACGCAACUCCUCUGUCCAUUGAGAGAGGGGACAACAAGACCUCCCAUAAGCCCCUGUACCUAAAGCAAGUGUGUCAACCGGGACGCAACACCGUGCAGAUCACCGUGACGGCAUGCUGCUGCUCUCACCUGUUUGUGCUGCAGUUGGUCCACCGGCCAUCGGUCAGGUCUGUCCUGCAGGGCCUGAUGAAGAAGAGGCUACUGCCAGCUGAGCACUGCAUCACCAAGAUAAAACGAAACUUCAGUAGCGGCACCAUUCCCGGGACGCCCGGUCUAAACGGAGAGGACGGAGUGGAACAGACUGCAAUCAAAGUCUCCCUCAAGUGUCCGAUCACAUUCAGACGAAUCCAGCUGCCGGCCAGAGGCCACGACUGCAGGCACAUACAGUGUUUUGACCUGGAGUCUUAUUUACAACUGAACUGUGAAAGAGGGACGUGGCGGUGUCCUGUGUGCAAUAAAACAGCUUUGCUAGAAGGCCUGGAGGUCGACCAGUACAUGCUGGGGAUUCUGGUCUACAUUCAGAAUUCUGAUUACGAGGAGAUCACCAUCGACCCGGUGUGCGGCUGGAGACCCGUGCCAAUCAAGCCCGACCUCCACAUAAAGGAGGAGCCCGACGGUCCGGUCCUGAAGCGCUGCCGCACAGUCAGUCCGAGUCACAUGGUCCUGCCGAAUGUGAUGGAAAUGAUCGCGGCCCUGGGGCCCGCUUCGUCCCCAUACCAGAGUCUGAGUGCAGGGGGCAGGAACACCCCCGACUACAGCCGGCCAGGAAGCCAGGGAUUCUCCGGACAAACGGGAUUUACAGAUUUCCCCAACACUCCUGGGACCCCGACACUCGGAGAGUACACCUCCUCCGGACCGCAACCCCCCCUCCCCUACCCGUCUGAGCAGGCGACCCACUCUGGAGGAAUGGAGCACUCGCACGGCAGCAUCCUCCAGCAGCACGUAUCGGGGGUCCACAACAACCAGAGUCUUGGCGAGGCCAGCAGCCCGUUAGCACAGAGGAGCUCAGCCACACAGAACUCACGGCUGCAGGGCGAAGGCUCCUUUGGUCUGGGAGGCCCUGGAGGGGAGGGGGCCGAUCACGCGCUGGAUCUUCUUCCCGAGCUGACCAACCCAGAUGAGCUGCUGUCGUACCUGGGCCCCCCCGACCUCCCGAACAACAGCAACGAUGACCUGCUGGCACUGUUCGAAAACAACUGACGUGUGGACGGCGCCGAAGAGGUCCGCCUGGCCCCCCGUCUGCACCCGCUUCAGCGUGUGCGUGCAUACCAGUGUUUUUGUUCGUCUCUUGUCUUUUAAGUGUCCUACUGUACUAUGAGGUCCUUUCAGUGCAGUGUGGAGGUGCAUGAAGGAACACGGCGAGUGAAG